CUUCCUUCGAUCGGGACUCGUCUAAAAGCUUUGGAGAUCUCGAUUCCACCAUAAUCCUCACAGCAAGUCGACAACAUUUUACGCGUUCGCCAGAUGACCACAGUUUGGCGUGUAUCACCUUUUACCGCCCCAGCAGAGGUUCUCGAGGCCAUAUUCGAGGAAUGCGCUGCUCAGGCCCACGAUUACGUUCACGGUGGAAGAGACUGGCCGUUCUAUGAAUGCACGGGUUCGUGCCUCAUGGACUGGAUACAUGUCACUCAGGUCUGCGCCUAUUGGCGAAUCGUUGCGCUGGCGCAUCGAAGGCUCUGGAGUCACGUUGUCUUCUUCAACCCACGUUGGGCGCGGGAGAUGAUCGACCGUGCUGGUCCUAUACCCCUGACUGUUUCCGCACGCAUUCAUUGGAUACCAUUCGCGGAGGAGCUGAUCACGCUAUUGGUGAAGAAUGUCGGACGGGUCCAAGACUUGCGUUUUCAAGGCGAUAUGAUGGCGCUUCGACAUAUCAUGGAGGCUCUAGCUCCGGGACGUGAAGUCAACCGUCGUUUCGACAUCGUCAAACUGCAUUCCCUCGCUCUCCUAUCAGUCGAUGGAGUUCCGUUUGCACCUCGUGGGUUUGCGUUGGACCACACGGAUGGCCUCAAGAGACUCUAUCUGAGCGCUGCCAACCUGGUAUCUGCCAAAGUACAACCUUCCUGUGUACUCCAGAACGCUGUAGAGCUGAGGGAGUUGACGCUAGACGACUGCCUCCGGUGGUCCCCCGGGAUGGAGAACGACAUUUACCGUUUCCCUCACCUCACCCAUCUUCACCUGACUGACUCGGAGGGUAACUAUGCCGAGCUGCUCGGUCAAUCAGAGCUACCACCUCUUCAGUAUUUCGCUCUCGAGUCCGACUUGCUCGACAUCGAUCACCUCCGCCCCCUCGCCGACGUCAACCUCGUUACCCCUGACGGAGACGCUAAAAUCUAUGAGAUGAAUGCGCAUCAUUGUGCCCUCCGCAUUAGUCUUGGAAUGGAAGAGGACCCGCAUGUGCCGCAGUUUUCUCUCACUGCAUGGCUCCAGGGCACCGCUGACCCCGACCAAGUCACCGCGUUUGCUCAUGACAGCAAAAUACCUCCGCUUCCCUUCGGUAUCCCUCCGGAGAAACGACUGGGUGCCAUAGCGUCCUUCAGGAGCACAAUCACAGCUAUGCUCAUUUCGGGUGGCAUCACCGGCGAAAACGAAGAGGAUCUCGACUCCCGCUCCCUUGGAGAGUUAGCCGUCGCAUUCGAUCUUACGACAGUCAUCUUCGCUAACAUUUCGAACGGCGUGUCCGGGAACCAAAGAGAGCACCUACAGUCAAUGAUCACCUUCUUGGCAGAGGCUCGGCUGAUACGCGUUCUCGAACUCGAUAAUGUCCUUCCUAUCGCCUUCGUUAUUCCAUUAACACCGAUGAACGAACGCGGCUUCGUCCCUGCGCCUCAGCUUAAAGAGCUGUGGCUGACCAACAUACGCUUUCAGGCAGAGGGCGGGGAAGAGGACCCUACAGAAACCCUGACGAUCCUCGUGGAUUGUCUUCGGGCCCGAGCCCAAGCAGGCGCCAUGCUGGAGAAGCUUGUGCUCAAAGAUUGUAUCGGCAUCACAGCCGAUGACCUAGCAUCCCUCAAGAAUACUGGCGUUGACGUAGAUGUAAUUGUAUCUCCUCCCAAUGUUGAAGAGGAGGGUGGCGAUGAAGAUGACGAUACGGAACUCAGCAUAGACGCGCUCAGGCGAUUAGGCUUCCACCUAGCAUAGUGAUACAGUAUGCGACGUGACUAUGGCUACAGAUGGUGAAGAUAUUUGCCUCAUUGGCCCGCCUGAAGCUUGAGCGCGUUCAGGGCCUUCUCGGCAGCCUCUUCCUCCGCAUCGCGGUAUUUCUUCCCUUGGGCCUCAUACGAUUUGCCAUUGACUGAAAGUGCCGAAUUGCAUCAUGUUCUUUACCCGUCUGCCAUUUGUUCCAUUGAACCAUAUCCUUGGCUUGCUCCUUCCAUUUCGUUUGGCAGUAGUUGUUCAAAUCCAUCUUUUC